AUGCACCUAAAGAUACGGGGUGCAUAUGAAUGGGCCAAUGUUGGUGGUGUUUUAUACACGCUACUAUUAAUAUUUGGCAUCUAUUUCCUGAUAUUGUUCUAUACAUGUCCAGCAACCUAUCAGCCUGAUCAGUGUGCUCGAGCGAAUUGUUUCGCUAUUGUUAUUAUUUUGGAAUUACUCAUCAAUUUUCUUCUAUUCAUCAUCUACAGCAGACGUAAUGAUCCGCAACGUUGGCUCCAAGGUGUUGCAGUUUUGACAACCGUGAAAGGUGCUGGUAAAUACUGUUUAGAAUGUAAUCGAAUAGCACCACUUAGGAGUCAUCAUUGUAGGCUGUGUAAUAUGUGCGUUCUGAGGAAAGACCAUCAUUGCUUCGUGACUGGUGCUUGUGUUGGAAUUGCUAAUCAGCGUUUUUUCAUCGUAUUUGUUCUAUGGGCAAGCAUUGGUGCUGCUGUUGGAUCGUUUUACAUUCUGAUGUAUUUGUUGCAAUAUAUGGAAUCUAAUAUUUACCCCUUUGGUUGGUUAAAGCUUCUAGCACCAGUUGCCGUCAUUCGAUGGAUUAUUUCGUAUGAAAUAUUCACCAACACAGCCAUUUGCGUUCUCUUCAGCAUAUGCAUAGCCACUUCUGUUGUUGCCAGUAUAUUUUUUGGUUUACAAAUGUUUUAUACAUUAAAUGGUUAUACGAUGUAUGAUUAUCACACCUUAAGCAGAAAAAUUGAAUUACAUGGUGAUGGUGAAACUUAUUCGGAAAGGCUAAGGAUGAUAUUUGGUCAUUACUGGGCAGUAAAUUUUAUUAUCCCAUUGCUUUGUUUUCCAAAUCAGUUGACCGCAGAUGUUGCUCGGAAUUUAUUUUCAUCUUAUUCGAAAGAUAUGUGA